AUGGCCGUGAGGGCGUCCUUCGAGAAGAACAACGAGAUCGGCUGCUUCGCCAAACUCACCAACACCUACUGCCUGGUGGCCAUCGGUGGCUCGGAGAACUUCUACAGGACCCCCAGAACCAGGCCGGACCGGAACCGGCACGGGCUGCUGCUGCCCAGCAGCACCACGGACCAGGAGCUGCAGCACCUGCGUAACUCUCUGCCCGACGGCGUUCAGCUCCGGAGGGUGGAGGAGCGGCUGUCCGCGCUCGGAAACGUCAUCGCCUGCAACGACUACGUGGCCCUGGUGCACCCCGACCUGGACCGGGCAGAGGAUCCGGGAGAAGACCCACCGGAGAUCCUACCGGUAGACAGGAGGCCUCACUCCGCCCCGAAAAGAGGCACGAAGAUUCCGGUCUAA